GCGUGAGCAUGUGUGUGCUGGUGCUCCUAGGGCGCAUGCGAACUGAGGCCCAAAGGGGAAAGCCUUCCACACAGAUCUAAGCCAGCUGCCCUGAUUUAAACACUUCAUUCGAAGAAGAGUGGACGAGAGGGGGAACACAGUUGCAUCCCCCUUCACCAGUGUGCUCCAAGUACGCUGGAAAGGCAGCUGCCAGCUCUACAAGCAAGACGAGCAGCUACAAAUGGUAGACUUGGAUGUCUGCUGUUAGGUAGCAUUUAGGAGUCCCCGCGGCUCUAAUUCUCAGGACUCAGAGGGCAUUUGCUGCCCUGAGAGGGGGGGUGUAACAACGAACUGACCCUCUGAGGUUAAGCUGAGUUUGUUAACAGUUUGUGUGAAGCUCAGUGGAGGAGGGGAGGAGGGAACAGGCAACAGUUAGUGGGAGGUGGGAGGCCACAGUGGGGCUCCUGCACUGCUCAAGAAGGAGACGAAGCAGUCGCCGGGAAGUGGGGAAAGAGGAGGAGAUGGCCACGGGAGAAAUCACAACACUUCCCUCCACACCUGAAGACGGCGGCAGCGGCGGCUUUCCUCCCGGGAGCUUCAAGGAGCCCAAAAGGCUGUACUGUAAAAACGGGGGCUUCUUCUUGAGGAUAAAGUCUGACGGGGGAGUGGAUGGAAUCCGUGAGAAGAAUGACCCCCACAUAAAGCUUCAACUUCAGGCGACCUCAGUCGGGGAGGUGGUCAUCAAAGGAGUUUGUGCUAACCGCUAUCUGGCCAUGAACAGAGACGGACGACUGUUUGGAGCAAGACGAGCAACGGAUGAAUGCCACUUCUUGGAGCGGCUCGAAAGCAACAACUACAACACCUACCGCUCCAGGAAGUACCCAAACAUGUACGUGGCACUGAAGCGGACUGGCCAGUACAAGUCUGGAAGCAAAACUGGACCUGGUCAAAAGGCCAUUCUUUUUCUUCCGAUGUCUGCCAAGUGCUAAUCUGGGGUAUGGUUUAGAAAUAUUAACGUCUUAAUGGCAGGAACAAAGAAGAAGAUGUGACGGCAAUGAAGACAAAGUGUUCCAUCAACAUUGCCCAAAAUAGCUGUGAUGCUUUCUGACUGUUAUAUCCUGAGAGUUGUUUUUUUUAUCCUGAACAUGUCUGCUCUUAUUCAGCUUCACAUUGGCACACACCGACACUUAGCUGCUUCCUAGUAAAACCAGGCUUUUACUGUUAACCAACUGCUACACUAGUUCAACUGGGGCUGGGUGCCUGGCUCAAGUGCUCCCCUACAGUUGGCUGCACAGCAUUAUUGGUUCAUUUCACUUCUACAAUCUUCUGUCCCUGGCUGAGGGAUUCUAAGCAGCAACCAUUCGAUUACAAGUCUUUUUCCUACCGCACUGCUUUUGACUUUUGAGUCUGCACGCUGCGAUUAUCUGCACGAUAUAUGACAUAUGUGGGAAUAUUCUUAAACAUGUUUCCUGAAGGAAAUGCAUGCGGAUCCUGCAUUAUUGUGACCUGAAGGGAGGAACAGGGACUGAACUUAAUAACCGAAUUCAAUAUGUUCUGUUCGUGUGAGACACAAGUUUGUUUGAAAAAUCAAAGAUAAGCACACUAAAUUCAAAACCAAAGCACAAGAUAAGCACACACUUCUACUCAGUAUUUUGACAAAAUGAUUUUUGAAUUUGAUUUUGAAUCCAACAGCAGAAAGGCAGGUUAAAACAAAGACUUAUUUAGGCUAAUUUAGCAAAGCGGUCGA